CCGCCUCCUCCCCCAGGGCCUCUGGUGGCUGGCUUCUCCUUCUAAGCAUGAUGGGACAGGAGCUUUUAGGCCCAUAAACAGACAGGAUGCGAGGCUGAAGUCUUUCCUCCUUGAGAAAUGGCCAGAGAAAAGCAUCUUUCCCAACUUCCAAAAUCACACCAAUGGUUUGCUGGGGUCCACAGGACGAGGCAUGGGAAGCUUUGGGCCAACCUUUAAAAAUUACGAACGGCUGUAGCCACAUCAUAUAUUUACCUUGGUGAAAUCGCCUGUGUCUGGGCUUAAGCAGAAGGCAGCCAAUGUUCUAAAAGACAAAAUGAGAACAAGUUUUGAACCCCCAGGCUAGGUCCUGAGCCUGCAUUCACUGUAGCAGAAACUGAAAAGGCCUCUGUUAGACACUUGUAAUGGAAGGUCCAGGGGUGAGGUGGCCUCAGGCUCGGCUGGAUCCAGGGUUCAAAUGAUCUAACUAGGCCCUCUCUCUUUCCAUCUCCACAAGGGGGUUCUAAGACUGACCUUGCUGCAUCUGCACAGCCCUGUGGGUGGCAUCAAAUACCCUUGAGAGAGAGAAAGGCCCCAGCAGGACGCUGGUCUGGCUUGGGGAUGUGUGAAGUGGUCACACCCAUCGAGGCUGGGGUGGGAGUAAGGCGUCCUCUGGUUGGCCAGGCUUGGCCCAGGCUCUGGGGCUGGGUCCCUUGGGGAAUCCUCUCUGCAGGGAGAGGGUGUCUGUUGCCAGAAGAAAUGGAAGGGCCGCUAAGCUGUGAACAUUGCCAUGCCUUUCACGUCGGGGUCAGGUCUGGCUGGACUGUGAGCACGGACGGCUGUGCAGGCACUCCAGGCCCAUCCUGCCUCUGAGGAAAAGGUGGUGCCUUGCACUCAGUGUGAAGGUCUCCUGACUGGAAGCCCUCGUCAUGAACGUCACAUUCGUUUUCCCUCUGGGGCCUUCGUAGAGGGGCAGGCUCUGACACACGGACUCCUGUUGUUUGUGGGGCUCAUGUCUGGCCAGUGCUGAGGAGUUAUAAACCAGAGGCCUGUCCUGUGCCCACUAGGGCUCACAGCCCACCUCCCAGGGCCAGCCUGUCACCUCUGAACCUGGCAGGGAGCCCAGCAGCAUGGGGCUCCUGAGUAGGGACAGGCCCCCCGAAACCCAAGGUAAAGGUCUCCAGGGAGAAGGCAGGUCCGAGCUCUCCUGAUGGAUGUCUAGGCAGUUUGAAGACCCCCCAGCGUUCCACACCUGAGGAGAAGACAGAGAGGCUGUCGGGCUGACUGCCUGGUAACCCCUCUGGGCACUUCAGGUGCCAACUCUAAUAAUCGCUUGCCAGGCACCCCUGAGUUGUGCCACAGCCCCAGGUGGUCCCCACUCAUUGCCAGCCAGGCGGGGUGGCUCGGCCUCGAGGGUGUCCGUCAGCUUCUGGAAGAGCAGCAGUUUCUAACCAACUUCUCCAUCUCACAGUCAUACCACGGGGAGUUUUACCGGGACCACUGCCACGGCCUGGGUACCUACAUGUGGCCAGAUGGCUCCAGUUUCACGGGCACGUUUUACCUGAGCCGCCGGGAAGGCUACGGCACCAUGCGGGUGAAGACGCGGCUCUUCCAGAUCCAGCAGAUAAUCAGCCAAGAGCCAGGCACCCUUUUGGGAUGGAUAAGAAACAUUUUGCAACCUGCUGUCUCUGGAAGUCUGCUAUCUGAGAGAUUCCUCUGCUCAAGAAAACUUUGUACUUUAUCUUAAUCUGAACAUUCCUUUUCACUGAUCCCAUAUAAACUGGAUUUAGAUAAACUCAUGGUCAACCAGAAAAUGUUUAAAUUCAUCUAUAGCCUGAAAGCUCCCACUUUGAUUUCUCCUGCCUUUCUGAACUAAACCAAUGUAUUUGACGGCUCCUGCUUCCCUAAAACAUGUAAAACCAAGCAGUACCCUGGCCACCCGGGGCACAUGUUCUCAGGACCUCCUGAGGGCUGUGUCGUGGGCCGUGGGCACUCACACUUGGCUCACAACGAAUCUCUUAAAAUGUUUUACCGAGUUUGACUUUUUUCAUUGACACAGCUCAUUGCAGCCUUGACCUUCCAGGCUCGAGCAAUCCUUCUGCCUCAGCCUCCUGAGUAGCUGGGACCAUAGGCGUGCACCAUCGUGCCUGCUCAUUUUAUGUUUGUAGAGAUGGGGUCUCACUAUGUUGCUCUGACCGGUCUAGUGAUCCAUCCGCUUCAGCCUCUGAAAGUGCUGAGAUUACCGGCAUGAGCCACCAUACCCCGUCUUGUUGAAAUCUUAUGUAAACUUGAUGUGCUUUUUUUUGUCUGCUCAUUUCAUCAGCGGCUGAGAGAGGCUGUUCCGAACAGUUGAUUCGACGUGGACAUAUAUCUUUAUUUUCACCUGGAUAAAUACUCAAGAGUGGGGUUGCUGGUCAAAACAGGGCUGUACAAAGCGGACCAGCGGUUCGGGCCAGGCGUCGAGACCUACCCUGACGGCAGCCAGGAUGUGGGGCUGUGGUUCCGGGGGCACCUCAUCAAGCUGUGCACCCAGAGCCCUGGCGGCUUCUCCCUCCUCGGCUACCCUGAGUUCUCCAGCGUCCUCAGCCACAGCCCUGCGAGGAUCAGCCUCUCAGAUGAGGAGGAGACAGAGUGGGGACCGCAGGAGGGACAGGACCCCUUUUCCUAUGAGUACAAGCGGCUGCUUCUCCACGACGACCUGACACUGCCUCCAGAGAUGUAUGUCUACUCCACCGACAGUGAGCACCUGCCCGGGACCAGCUCUUUCCGCCGAGAGCUGGACGCCCGCCUCUUCCUCAGCGACAUCCCUCCGUUCGUUGAGGAUGAAGAACCCUGGCUCAUAACCAACGAGACCCCUUUGUUGGUCAAAAUCCAGAAGCAAACUUACAAGUUCAGGAACAAGCCAGCUCACACCAGCUGGAAUAUGGGCGCCAUCCUGGAGGGGAAGCGCAGCGGCUUUGCACUCUGCGGGCCCAAAGAGCAGCUUGCCAUGGAGAUGAUCGUAAAUGCUGAGGAAGGGAACCAUGGCUGGAUUUACGGGGUCCUGAAGGACGACUUGGCCAGUGCUGACGUGGCGGACGCAAAGGGCUACACUGUGCUCGCUGCGGCUGCUACUCAUUGCCACGACCACAUUGUCAACCUUCUCCUGGACUGUGGGGCCGACGUGAACAAGCGCUCAGACGAGGGCCUCACGCCACUCAGCAUGUGUUUCCUCCUGUACUAUCCUGCCCAGUCCUUCAAGCCCAACAUUGCUGAGCGGACCGUGCCCAAGCCCCAGGAGCCUCCACAACUUGCAGUUGCUCCAAUGCUUUCAUCAUCGUUCACGGACACAAGCCUGGAGUCUCUGAACUAUGAGGUGGACGUGCCCUCGCAGGGUAGCUGUGAGCUGAGGCCACACGUCUUGGGCAGCCAGGAGCGCAGCCUCUCCCAGGGCACCAGGCAGUCUGGGAACUCUGUGGACCAGAGGAGCGGCUCUCUGAACGGGGACUCGCCACUGGUGAAGGGCAGCCUCGGCCACGUGGAGCGUGGGCUCGAGCACGUGCUGGGAAACACAGACCAGUACACUCCGUGCAGCACCGAGACGAACCUGGAGUCCAACGUGUGUGUGUGCAGCUUCCCCAUCGAGCUCUCGCAGGCCAUGCUGGAGAAGAGCGCCCAGUCCCACAGCCUGCUGAGGAGGGCCUCGCCCUCGCUGUGCACCAGCAGCUCCGACAAAGGGAACAUAAGGAGGAUGGCGCUGUCCAUGGUUGAGCGGAAGAAGCGCUGGCGGACCAUCCAGCUGCUGCUGCGCCGGGGCGCGGACCCCAACGUGUGCCGCGUGCCCAUGCAGGUCCUGUUCCUCGCGGUGAAGGCCGGCGACACGGACGGGGUGGGGCUGCUGCUGGAGCACGGGGCGAGGACCGACAUCCGCUUCCCCCCGCAGCUGGGCACCCUGACACCACUCCACAUCGCUGCAGCCCUUCCUGGGGAGGAGGGUGUCCGGAUUGUGGAGUUGCUGCUGCAUGCCAUCACCGACGUGGAUGCCAGGGCAGCCGACAAGGACGACACCUACCAGCCCGGCCAGGUGGACCUGCUGCCCUCUAGUCUGAAGCUUAGCAACGAGCCAGGCCCUCCCCGAGCCUAUUACGGCACACACACGCCCCUCCCCGAGGAGGGGGGCAGGACGGCUCUGCACGUGGCCUGUGAGCGGGAGGACAACUACGAGUGUGCCAGGGACAUCAUCCGGCUCCUUCUGUCUCACAGAGCAAAUCCUAACCUGCUGUGGAGUGGCCACUCCCCGCUCUCCCUGUCCAUUGCCAGUGGGAACGACCUGGUUGUGACGGAGCUCUUGACCCAGGGAGCUGACCCCAACCUGUCCCUGACCAAAGGCUUGGGCAGUGCCCUGUGUGUCGCCUGUGACCUGACCUAUGAGCACCAGAGGAGCAUGGACAGCAAGCUGGCCCUGAUUGACCAACUCAUCAGUCAUGGGGCUGACAUCCUGAAGCCUGUGACGCUCAGGCAGGGGGAGAAGGUGGCAGUGGGCACAGCCGUGGACUAUGGCUACUUCAAAUUCUUCCAGGAUCGGAAGAUUGCCCACUGCCCCUUCCACACACUGAUGCCGGCGGAGCGUGAGACGUUCGUGGCAAGGAAGCGGCUCCUGGAGUACAUGGGCUUGCGGCUGAGAAAGGCGGUCUUUGCCAAGGAGAGCCAGUGGGACCCCACGUGGCUGUACCUGUGCAAGAGAGCGGAGCUGAUCCCCAGCCACAGGAUGAAGAAGAGGGACCCCAGCCUGCCCAAGGGCCUGGACGUGAAGGGGCGGGAGCAAAUUCCAUUCUUCAAGUUCUGCUGCCUGUGUGGCCGCUCCAUCGGGGUCCACCUCCUGCCCUGCCCUCGCUGCUAUGGGGUCCUGACCUGCAGCAAAUACUGCAGGACCAAGGCCUGGACCGAGUUCCACAAGAAGGACUGCGGGGACAUGGUGGCCAUUGGGGCACACCUGGAGGAGGUUUCCAGACGGAGAGAAGAGUCUCAGUGAAGCAGCGUCUGCACGCCCGGGGCCUGGGGAGGACCCAGGACUGUGUGCGAUUCUCACCUGCCUGGGCCGCCUCGGGGACGCUUCAGUUCAUGCAGGUGUUUCUGCACCUUUACGGCCGCGCGUUGUAGCAGUCAGUGUCUCCUUUGCGACCUCAAAAUAAAUUGGCCUCAUGGGG